UGAUCUGUACUAGACUGAGUCCAACAAGUCAUGAGAUAGCAGUCACAGGGGGUCAAGAUGACAGGGCGUUGGUAUGGAACACCCAGGAUGGCUCGGUCAUCUUCCAGUGCACAGGCCACGCAGAUACAGUGGCAAGUGUAGGAUUCAGCUACGAUGGCUCCAUGGUAGCAACGGCUGAUAUGAAAGGUAUCAUUAAAGUAUGGAGAGUGGAUCAAGGAAAGGAAAUUUGGUCAUUUGAAGUGUCAGAAGUUGAGUGGAUCCAGUGGCAUCAUGCAGCACCAGUGCUUCUGGCAGGAACAAAGGAUGGUCAGGUCUGGAUGUGGAAGAUUCCAUCCGGAGAAUGUAAAACAUUUGCUGGUUAUGGGCCCAGUGCAGUGUGUGGGCAAAUAUUGCCAGAUGGAAAAUUUGCCGGUGUUGGGUAUGAGGAUGGAAUGGUAAAAAUCUGGGAUUUGAAAACAGCAGCAGCUGUACAUACAAUAUCAGGUCAUGAAGGACACCAGUCAUCUGUAUAUUGUAUGGAUGCUAGUAGCAAUGGCUCGUUAAUACUGACAGGAUCAGAAGACAUGACUGCAAAAGUCAUUAAUUCUUCAACCGGAAAGGUGCUAUCCACACUAAAGUGCCAUGAUUCUGGAGAGGAAGAUAACUCUGUGGAGACUGUUGGAUUCUCUCAUACGCAUGACUAUGCAGCAACAGGCACACUCACUGGGGAUCUGGAAAUUUGGGAUCUCCCUACAAAAUCAGUGAGGCAUAAAUGUGAUCAUCCGUUUGGCAUCGUAAAACUGAUGUGGUCACACACAAGCCCAGUAUUCUAUACUGCCUGUCUCGAUGGUAACUUCAGACAGUUUGAUUCUCGGAACGGCCAGCUAGUUCGAACUUGGCAUGGGCAUGCAGCAGCCAUCUUGGAUUUUGACUUGGCUAAAAAUGAAGGCAUUGCUGUAACAGCUUCAGAUGAUUCUAUUGCCAAGGUGUUCUCGCUGACAGAGCUGUCGAGUUAA